UCCCGGGCCUUUCUGCCCUAGACCCUAGCUUUCUGCCGUCCUCUUCAGGUUCCGGCGCUGCCCGGAAGAGUUCCGCGUGCUGCGAACUGGCCAAGGUAGUGGCUGCAGUUAGCCCCAGAGGCGGGCCGGCUGGCUUCCCGUAUGCUGAGUAUCACCUUCUGAGUUUGCUGGGACCACUGCCUUCCAGCCACCUCCUCACCAGGUUUUCAGCUACUGAUAUUACAAUCCGUAAAACAUUGAAACAGAGUUGAGGAAGAGAUUUAAACCAGAUUUUGUUCCUCAAUUAGUUAAAAAUAUGGAGCCUGAAACAGAGGGCCCACCACCGACAGCAAAAGUGACACCUCUUCAACAAAUGCUUGCCUCUUGUACUGGAGCUAUAUUGACAUCACUAAUGGUGACACCCCUGGAUGUUGUUAAAAUUCGACUCCAAGCCCAGAACAACCCAUUCCCCAAAGGAAAGUGUUUUGUAUAUAGUAAUGGACUCAUGGAUCAUAUGUGUGUCUGUGAAGAUGGGGGCAAGAAAGCAUGGUAUAAGAAGCCAGGAAAUUUCCAGGGAACAUUGGAUGCCUUCUUAAAAAUUCUUCGAAAUGAGGGCAUUAAAUCCCUGUGGAGUGGUCUUCCUCCUACUCUAGUGAUGGCAAUUCCUGCUACAGUUAUUUAUUUUACCUGCUAUGAGCAAUUAACUGCUCUUCUGAAAGCGAAAUUAGGAGAAAAUGAAACUCGAAUACCAAUUGUUGCUGGAAUUGUGGCCAGAUUUGGUGCAGUAACUGUGAUAAGUCCAUUAGAAUUGAUUAGAACUAAGAUGCAGUCUAAGAAGUUUUCUUACAAUGAACUACAUCGAUUUGUCAGCAUGAAAGUAUCUGAAGAUGGUUGGAUUUCCCUUUGGAAGGGCUGGGCUCCUACUAUUCUUAGAGAUGUACCUUUCUCAGCAAUGUACUGGUAUAACUUUGAAGUCUUAAAGAAGUGGUUGUGUGAGAAAUCCGGAUUAUAUGAACCGACAUUUAUGAUCAACUUUGCUUCAGGGGCAUUGUCUGGUUCUUUUGCAGCUGUUGCAACUUUACCAUUUGAUGUGGUAAAAACACAAAAACAGACACAACUUUGGACAUACGAAAAUUGUAAAAUUUCUGUGCCUUUGCAUAUGUCCACCUGGACUAUAAUGAAGAACAUUGUUGCUAAAAAUGGACUUUCUGGGUUAUUUACAGGCCUCAUUCCUCGCUUAGUUAAAAUUGCUCCUGCUUGUGCCAUUAUGAUCAGUACAUAUGAAUUUGGAAAGGCUUUUUUCCAGAAACAGAAUAUUGAAAGGCAGUGAUGGUGUUUUAACUUGAAUAAUGACCUCAGCCAUAAGAUGAAGACUCUUAGGCAAGAUUUGUUUUCACCAUUAUUCUCUGACAGUGAUUUGUGUCUGUCUUCACUAUAAUUUAAAUGAAUAAUAAUUUCUAUUCUACCUCUAAAUCAUAAUCCUAGUUUAAAUUUUAGUCAUGUUUUGGGAGAUUUUAAAACAUAACCCAGAAAUGGCACUCAUGUAAAUGAAAUUACUCCUGAGCACUGAAAGCAUUUUUUUCUGAGAGCAUAUAUUUCAGUGACCCUAAUAUUGUGAGUGUGUUAGGUAUGUCAGAACUUUUUGAAUUGUGUGCUGAAUGAAUUAGUCUAAAUCAAGUUCGGUGGUAGGCACAUUCAAAUUGUGCAUUUGGUAGAAAAUGGAAGGGCAGUGGUCACAUAGCACUAUUCACAUUUGUGAGAUAGAAUCUCUUAAAUUAUUUAAGUGCACUGUGUUCCUUCUGUUUUAAGGCUUCAUGUAGGUUAGAAUUUCUCUGUUGAAAAUGUGACCAUUUUAU